GGUCGUUGACGGCAAGUGGGCGUGGCCUCGCCCGACCUGUUUAAAGUGUGUCUGAACUCUCCACUGACGUCUAGUCUAUCUGUUGGGGUGCACACGGAUUGACCACUCCUUUGGGCUUGAUUGGUGGAUAAUAGUGGGGAAAACUAAUCCACAACCAUGACUGACGCGCAACAGGAGGCCCGCUCCUACCUGAGCGAGGAGAUGCUCGCCGAGUUCAAAGCUGCCUUCGAUAUGUUUGAUACCGACGGUGGCGGCGACAUCAGCACCAAGGAGUUGGGUACCGUGAUGAGGAUGUUGGGUCAGAAUCCAACCAGAGAGGAGUUGAAUGAAAUCAUUGAGGAAGUCGAUGAGGACGGCAGCGGUACUAUUGACUUUGAGGAGUUCUUGGUCAUGAUGGUGAGGCUCCUAAAGGAGGACCAGGCCGGCAAGAGUGAGGAAGAGUUGGCAGAAUGCUUCCGUGUGUUUGACAAGAACGCUGACGGCUACAUUGACAGAGAUGAGUUCGCCGAGAUAAUCCGCAGCACUGGCGAGUCUAUCACAGAUGAGGAGAUUGAUGAGCUGCUGAAGGAUGGAGACAAAAACUCUGAUGGCAUGCUGGACUUUGAUGAAUUCCUCAAGAUGAUGGAGAAUGUGCAGUAAAACAGAGACUCAUGGACAUUCCUCUACCCUUUGACCCCCCUGUCAACUCAAUCCCAUCCCCUUAAACUCACUCAUGACCCUUUACCAUCUGGUCCGUUGCCUCUCAUCGUCCAUCUUGACAACUUUGCCACUUCAACAGACAUACAGACGAACAUCCGAAUAAGGUCUGCUAAGGUGCAACACAUGAUGCUCAUGCUCCAUGGAGAACCCUGCAUGUUCCUGCAAAAGAGCAGAAGAGCCAAGCAAUGGUGUGUGGUUUUCAGCACCAUUAUAUUACAUUGCGAAAUCAACAGCUCAUACUGUGGUAGACCGCACAUGGCUGGGCAUUUUAGUCUACAUUUAGACUAGAUCAGCAGCUUGUUAUCGCUGCCUAGACCAAUGCUAAAACCUCUUACACGUCACCAUAUUUAAACAAAUGCUUGAAAGAACAGAAUAAAAAAAAUAAAACACAUGCUCCUAUUUAGUUGGUCUGAUGUUUGUAAAUUUCUGUUUUGAGGAGGUUGCCAAUAAAGCUUUUUUUUUUCUUUUUUU